UCCUACAGCUCAAGUAUGAAAGGGCAAACUCUGCUCAGUAGGCAGGCAGACUGUGCAGUGCUGUGCGGGUCAGAUCCACCUGAUGACAGCGUCCCCGCUCUGAAUGUUCACCUGUGGCUGGAUGGUGCAGAGAUGGAGAGGCUGUUGAGAAAGUGUCAGAUCAGAAACAAACUGGUCAGGGAGUGCAUGGCUGAAUGCCUCGGAGUCUACGUGCUGAUUCUGUUUGGAUGUGGCUCCGUUGCCCAGGUGACCACAACGCAAGAUAAGAAGGGGCAGUACCUGUCAAUCAAUCUGGGAUUUGCUCUGGGAGUGACAUUUGGGGUCUUUGUAUCUCGUGGAGUCUCAGGCGCCCAUCUGAACCCGGCUGUAUCUCUGAGCUUGUGCAUGUUGGGCAGACACCCCUGGAUAAAGCUACCUUUCUACGUCUUCUUUCAAGUGUUUGGAGCAUUUCUGGCAGCAGCCACGGUUGGCCUUCAGUACUAUGAUGCCAUCUGGGCGUACAGCGGAGGUGAGCUGACAGUGACGGGUCCCACUGCCACAGCAGGCAUAUUCUCCACCUACCCAGCUGACUACCUCAGUGUGUGGGGAGGGGUUGUUGACCAGGUGAUAGGCACAGCUGCGCUGCUGCUGUGUGUCCUGGCUCUCGGGGACCAGAAAAACAGCUCCCUCCCUGACGGUUUUCAGCCUGUACUGGUAGGCGCAGCAGUGCUGGUUAUUGGCAUCUCAAUGGGCUCCAACAGCGGCUAUGCCCUCAACCCGGCAAGGGAUUUUGGGCCUAGAUUGUUCACGUACAUCGCCGGCUGGGGAGUGGAUGUUUUCAAGGCUGGAGGUGGUUGGUGGUGGGUACCAAUAGUGGCUCCAUGUGUCGGGGCAAUGCUGGGAACAUUGAUGUACGAGCUGAUGAUUGAAGUCCACCAUCCUCCCUGGCAGGAGGCUACAGAGGGGAGAACAGGGCUCGAGCUGCAGGACCUGGAGGCAGACUGUGAAAAACCCAGUACUAAAAUGUAGUGGUAAAAUGACAUACACACACAG